AUGGACAAAAAUCAGGGAAAAUCAUCUACAGAUAAUUCCUAUAGUAUUGGUGGAUCAAAGGGAGAUGGUUUGGAUCCUCUUCUUAUUGGAUCAGUCGGAGUUCUUGUUCUUGCGUUAACUUUGAUUAUUUGGCGUCUUUUGAAACUGCAAUGGGAUGAGAAAGCUGCGCGAGACAGAACAGAAAUGUUGCUGGCUAUGAAUGAAGGAGCCGACGAUAGAAGAGGAGCGAAUGUGGCUGGAGGUAUGCGUCGUAAUGCGAGGCGUCGUGUGAAUCGUGACGAGCCAGAAGAUGGAUUUGUGAAUCACAUGAUGAAUGACGAUGAUGAUAUGGAGGAAGGAGGUGAAGAUCAAUUUGAAUACGAUGCUGAUGGUAAAAAGAUUGGAAAAAGGAAGGCAGCUAAACUAGCAGCAAAAGAAGAAAAACGCCAGAUGCGGGAGUAUGAACUUUGGGAAAGAGAAGAACGUAAGCGACGUGAAGAAGAGCGAGAGAAGAAACGAGAUGAGGAAAAAGCCAAAGAAGCAGCUGAAGAGAAGGCUGAAGAAGAACGUCUGAAGAAGGAACGAGAAGAGAAAGAACGAAAGGAAUAUGAAGAGUAUUUAGCGUUGAAAGCAUCGUUUGCCAUUGAAGAAGAGGGAACUGAUGCGAUUGAAGGUGAAGAAGCCGAAAACUUGAUUCGGGAUUUUGUUGAAUACGUAAAAAGCAAUAAGGUUGUGAACAUUGACGAGCUAUCUGCACAUUUCGGUUUGAAAUCAGAAGAAGCUGUAAACAGACUGCAGCAUUUUAUUGAAGAAGGCCUCGUUCAGGGUGUUAUGGAUGAUCGAGGAAAGUUCAUCUACAUUUCCGAUGAAGAAUUUGCUGCAGUUGCGAAAUUCAUUAACCAACGCGGACGAGUGUCGAUUCAUGAGAUCGCGGAACAAUCGAACCGUCUCAUUCGCCUCGAGACCGCCGUCGAAUGA